AGCUAACGGAAUGUUCUAGGUACUCAGUACUACCUCUGUUCCUUAACCUGACAUUCGCUUAGCAACAACAUAGCAACCACAUAGCAACCACAUAGUAGCCCCAUAGCAACCUAGAGACCAUACAAAUACCAGCUCAACCUUUACAUAGCAGUCAGACAACCAACAGUAACCAAGAUGAAUAAGCUGGAAGCAGUGGUGUUCAACAACCGUGGGGGACCUCUGAAACUGAAACUAAAAGUGGCAAAGAAGAUGCCUCUACCUCAGAGGUGUUAUCUGUGGGCUUGUAUCAUAUUUGGAAUCAUCACAGUGCUCCCCUUGUUCCACUACAUGUCUAGAUGGGAGGCUGUUAAUGAAGUUAAGGAAGAGGACCUUAUUCGUCUCUCAAAUUUGGAUCUGGAGGAAGGUUUGGUGUACAGCGGGAAUAUAAUAAAAUCUAUCCUGGAUAUUAAAUCCUACACCAGCACUGUGCUAGAGAACGGACUGAGGGUGUUGGUUGUGUCUGAUCCUCUGACGAGCCUGGCUGCAGCGAGUUGUGAUGUGGCAGUGGGCAGCUUCCAGGAUCCUCCUAACAUACCGGGUUUAGCUCACCUUGUAGAGCACGGUUUGUUUCUUGGAGAUUCAGAACACAAGGAAGCAAACACAUUUGAACAGUUCCUGGCUGAACAUAGCGGCCACUCCAACGCCUUUACCAGUCAAGAAAACACCAACUACUACUACAAGGUUUCCCCCGACAAGUUAGAGGAAUCCCUUCACAGAUUCAGUCUCCUUCUCUCCCACCCCCUUCUGGAACUGGAGUCCUUGCAGCGGGAAUACCACGCUAUCCAGAGCGAGUUCCUGAAGGACAAACUGGAGUCCGCUCGCCAAGUGUGGAGGCUUAUCAAACACAUGGCAAAUCCUAGCCACCCCUUCCAUCGGCUCAGCCCAGGAAACUUAGAGACACUCCAAAACUUACAACAUUCAUCGGUGAUAAAAGAAUUCCACUCAAAGCACUACUAUCCUGAAAACAUGAGAUGUGUAGUGUAUGGAAGGGAGGAUUCACAGGAUCUACUAGAAAUGUCAAGGAAAUGUUUCAGCAAACUAACAAACAUGAAGCCCCGCUCUGAGCCGGAUCAAGAGAAAGGUUGGGUUUCUGCCUACCCCGAGGAGAGACUAGGAGUCUGGGUGGACUAUGAGCCCCUCAGAGAGGGUAAUGAUCUGGAUAUGAUCUGGCCGGUGACUGGAGCCAGUAGGUGCGGACUGGGGAUGCAGUACACGUGCUCUCAGAGAGGCAUCCCAAAUCAGCGCUAGCUUCAUUGAAGAGACAGGGAUUGGCUACAUCUCUCACCUGGUCUAUUGUCAUCAGCACCGCCAGCUUUUCUCUAGUCAGAGUCAAUGUUGGGCUCACUCAGCUCGGAGCCAAAUCUAUUUCAACUGUCGUUAAUCUCAUCUUCGUCAGGUUUUAAUGCUGAAAACAGAUUCAGUGACAGCCAUGAAAUCCUGGCUGGUUAAGAUACACCAGGAGUCAUGCAGGGUUUUAUAAACCACGAGAAUGCAGGUAUUCACCACUUUGCUAAGUCUCUCUCCUCCAGAAUGAGUAAAGUGCUCCACCCUGCCUUCUAUUUGGGAGCUCCCACACAAGUUCCUACUGUCACGUGUCUGAUGCUAGCUCUACAGAGUCUCACCUCCAACAACAGCAUCAUGCUAGCUGGCUUAUCAGGCCGGGGACACUCUUACACUGACAGGGAACCCUGGUACGGUAUUCCCUACACUACAACACCGCUUAUCAGGCAUAGAUCUAGCAAGUUCUACUUACAAGUUCGACAUUUGGCCGCCUCCCCCGCUCAGAACCAAGAUUCCUAAAACGUUCCCCCUAUUGAGAGGAUGUGGAACAGCACUACUGGCCCAACAAGAUACAGGACGAUAAAGCACUGACAGUGUGGUGGCAGCAGGACUUCACAUUCCACAUUCCUAAGAUAGAGAUGAUGUUGUGGAUAUACGGGCAGUACGAGCACUAUACCCCCCGGGAAGUAGCACUUCACUACCUUCUCGCGGACAUGAUCAGAGAUCAGGUUCAGGACCUCACCCAGCCGCCCGGAUACUCCAUCCAGAUCUACUACCAGAGCAGUUCCGGACUGGUUGUGACUCUCAGUGGAUAUAGCGACCAGGACCAGAUAUACCGCUGUAUCAAAGACUUAGUUCUAGUUCUGACUGGACUUGAUAUGACGCAGUGGAGUCGGUUUAUGUACGUUGUGAAAUACAAGGCACACAGAGACCUGAUCAGGUCGGACUAUGCAGAGGCCUACAAGCACCCACUGUACAAAUCCAGAGUUUUGCUGGAAAAGAACGUGGCUCCUCUGCACGAAAUACUGAAGGAACUUGAUGAGGUGACCCUAGAAUCGUUCAGAACAUUCUACAAGAGGUUCUGGGAGAAUGUUGGCUGCAGAGCACUGAUUUAUGGGAACGUUGUUAGAAAGUAUGGCAGAACAGUACAGUCUAGUACUGAAACCAAUAGCACUAAGAACACAGAUCUCAGAGCACAAAGUAGAGCCCCCCUUUCACCCCACCCUGCAAUACCCUACGGGUACCUACUACACUACAACCCCCUACCCUAACUCAGAGGAGACAGCCUCUGUGGCGGACCUAACACUCAUCCUGGGACCCACCCCCUGGAACUCAGACACUGUGGAGUCAGGAGAGGAGCUGUUCACCAGGACAGUACUCGCUAGACUCGCUGCCACCUUGUUGUCCGAACCUGCCUUCGUAGAGCUCAGAACCCGGCAACAGCUCGGUUACUCUGGUAUACUAAUUACAACAUCUCCCACUUUGGUAUAGACCUACAUUCACUAUGUGUGGUACAAGGGUAGUGAGCACUCAGCAGUUCACAUAGCGGAGUCUGUCCUAGCCUUCCUUAAAAGCUACAGAGAGGAACUAGUCACACUCCUCAAGGAGGGAGAUAAUACGUCAGCUCAUUGGAUAAGAAUGAUAAACUCAGUGAGGCGAGACAUAUUAGUGAAGCCGGCAACUCAGAGAGCCAUGGUGAGCGAGUUAGCAAGUGAACUCUUCUCCCCGGACGCGGAAGCAGACAGAGCUGACAUGCUGGUUGCUUCUCUGGAGAGGGCUACUCCCAAAAAACUCCUUGCAGUUUUUAAUAUGAUAAUUAUAACUUGGAGUCAGGUCUCGGAGAAUUAUAUCCCUGGCUCAGAGUAAAAGUAGGAGGUGGAAUUUGGACACCUUUUCAGAGCAGUUCCAGUACUUGGGAUUCAGUAACAAGACAGAUACUAUUCCACCGUUUUUGUACUGGCAUUUUUCUUAUCUCGGUCUAGAGAUGGGAAAAUAAGGGCGUGUAUAUUUGUUAAAUAAUCUAUUCAAUGUUUGCUGUGACUUAAAUUAUUUGUACAUUUGCUUCGUAAGUGAGCGAUUCUUUCUUUACA